AUGUCCAAUCAAACACCUAUCAAGAUAAUGGACUUCCAAUUAAAGGGAGAGUUUGUUCGCAAAGCAAGUUCGUUUAGGAACUUCAUCAAGACAGGUACUCAGUACCCUCCCGAACCAAAUCGAUACCAUCUAUAUGUCUCACUAGCAUGUCCUUGGGCACAUAGAACCAUAAUAGUUCGUAGACUUAAGGGUCUUAGGCAGGUUAUUGGAAUGACUGUAGUUGAUUACUUCCUGGGAGCUGAUGGAUGGCAUUUCUCAGAGAGGGACGGCUGCGAGAUUGAUCCAAUCAACAAAUUCACUCAUCUUAGUCAGUUGUAUAAACUGUCUGAUCCGCUGUAUGAAGGUCGAUACACUGUGCCAGUGCUCUGGGACAAGAAAACAUCGACCAUAGUCAACAACGACUCUGGUGAGAUCAUCAGAAUGUUGAACGCAGAGUUCAAUCAAUGGGCCACCAAUCCAUCACUAGACCUAACGCCAAGAGAUCUAUUGUCCUCAAUCGAUGAGACCAACUCCUAUGUCUAUGAUAACAUCAACAAUGGUGUAUACAAAUGUGGAUUCGCUGGUGAUCAGCAAUCAUACGACAGUGCAUUUAAGAAUGUAUUCACUGCACUUGAUCAUUUAGAGGCGAGACUUUCCAAAGCACGCUGGUUGGUAGGCGAUAGACUAACCGAGGCCGACAUCAGAUUGUUCACGACAUUGAUCAGAUUCGAUGCUGUCUAUUAUGGUCACUUUAAGGUCAACAAGAGAAUGAUUAAGGACUAUCCUGCUUUGUCCAACUACCUCCGAUCACUCUAUCAGAACGAAGCUAUCAAGCCCACUGUCAACUUCCAUCACAUCAAACACUGUUACUACGAAUCACAAAGAUCGAUCAAUCCAUCAGGAAUCGUUCCAAUUGGCCCAGAGUUGAGCUAUCUCAACUAA